AUUGCCCCUUCUUGUAUACACACACUAAUUAACGUAUAAAUAUGAAUAGUUCGUAUUCACUUUGACACAGUCUAUUUUCAGUCACAUGCCUAUUCAAAAUGAGGUGUCUUGUGGUUCUAUUCAAUUUUGCAGUGGUAUUCAUUUUAAGCAUAACCGCCGAUGACGAUUUAUCGUGCCCGUUUAAUGCGAAAGGAACGCAUCCCAAGUGUAUUUGUAACAAUGAAAAUCCGUAUGAUGAAAUUAAUCGGAUAUGUGCAACUGUUUUAGACGCAGAAUUUUUACUAGCCAAGUGUCCAAAAGGCAGUGAAGGUACAUUUCCGGCAUGUAUUUGUGGAGAUGGAAAAGUAUAUGUACCCGACAGAGAUGAAUGCGUUGUUGUCGAUAAAUCUCAAUGUCCAACUGGAUCGAAAAAAGUGAAUAAUAAAUGUGUUUGUGAAACUAUAAACGAUUUCAAAUAUGAAUUUGACGAAAUUUUCUGGAUUUGUCGGCCGUGGUACAUACCAACGACACGGCCACCACCGACUCCAUGUCCAGCGCAUCAACAUCGUGUUCCAAAUGGUGAUAAGUGCGAAUGGGACCGUUGUCCAUCUGGAUAUAUAUCGAAAACCGGUUACUGGCCGGACUGCGAAACUUUACCAACAUGUCAACAAAAGGGUAUGAUCGGCGAAUAUCCAAAUUGUUAUGCUCGCGUUAUUGAACAUCAUUGCAGUGCACAUCAAACGGGCAAAUAUCCAGACUGUCAUUGGCUACCAUGUCCAGACGCGUACAUAACGAAAACAGGAUUUUGGCCUGAUUGUGCAGCUCCACCCAGCUGUUACGACCUUGGAAUGACAGGCGUUUAUCCCGAUUGUGUGAAACCACCACCGACAUGUCCGCAAUAUCAUCAUCGUAACUCAAAUGGAGAAUGUGUUCGCAUCCCAUGCCCACCGGGACAUGAAGGAGACUACCAACCAAACUGCAAAUUAGUUCCGAAAUGUCCUUCGAAUUUUCCAGGAAAAUGGCCAAAUUGUAACAUUUAUGCUACAACACCACGUGAUCAUGUAACAUCGAGAACAACAACUCCAAGAACAACAACUCCAAGAAAAACAACAACUCUAAGAACAACAACUCCACAGGCACGAACGACCACUACAAAGACAAGUACAACUAAUACCGUAAAAACAACGACUCCAAAGUCAACAACAACCACAAAAUCUACCACGACCACACGAUACACAACACCAAAACUUGGAAAAUGUUCAUGUGAUUGUUACAGUGAUGAAAUCGUUAUCUUCAAAGAUAAUGUCGUUCGCGACCCCUCAAGGAAAUAUAAACGUUACAUCAAUGAAAAAUCGUUCGAAAGAAACUAAUUUUUUAUAACGAACAAGAAGAUCUGUAUACCAGUUAACAUACAAUAAAAAUGCCAUAAAAACUUGUG